CCUGAGACUUGGAAAUAGUAAACUGAAGCAGCUGGAAAAAUAUCAAUACAUAUUACGCACCUCUGUUAUAACUCAACACUGCUAAAUUGUUGUUAGGUGGGCGAGAUGUCUGACGAAGAAAUGGAGUUUAGUGAUGAUGACUUUAAUGACUACUAUGAUGGGGAGUAUGAUGGUGAUGUUGACCAUGUUGAUCCACAGAAGAAUGAUCCUGAGUAUUUUGAUGUUGCAUGUCUUACUGACACUGAGGUGGAGAGGCUUCUCAAUGAGUCAGUGGAGCAACUUUCUAACAGUAUACAGGCUACUCCAUCACUGGCAAAGUUGCUGCUUCACAUGUACAACUGGAAUCAGAUGGAGAUUGUUGCUGGUUAUCGGCAAGACUGUCACAAAUUACUCUCCUCUGCACACAUUAAACCACCUUCACCACCUCAGCACCUGACCAGUGGCCAGCAAGGAGAAGGAGAAAUUACUUGUCCUGUUUGCCUUUCUCCAAUGUCCCCAGAUUAUGCCAGUCACCUCUCCUGUGGUCAUACCUUCUGCAAGGAUUGCUGGAGCAUGCACUUCGAAGUUCAAAUUACACAGGGAAUGUCCACAGGUAUUGAGUGUAUGGGCAACAGCUGUCAAGUUUUGGCCCCAGAAGACUUUGUAGUUCCAUUAUUAAAACGUCCACGACUAAAAGAAAAAUAUCAGCAGUAUGCCUUUGCUGACUAUGUUAGAAGUCAUCCCCAAUUACGAUUCUGCCCUGGUCCAAACUGUAAUAUUGUUGUUCAAGCAAAGGAGUGCAAAGCAAAAAGAGUAAAUUGUACAGCUUGCAAAACUCAGUUUUGUUAUAAAUGUGGUAGUGAUUACCACGCCCCAACAGAUUGUGAAACAAUCAAGCGUUGGUUAACAAAGUGUGCCGAUGACAGUGAGACAGCUAACUACAUCAGUGCGCAUACCAAAGAUUUUGAGUAUCAGCAAGCACAGUUGGAAGCAGAGAUUGAAAAUCUCUCUUGGAAAAUUGAGCGAGCUGAGAUGACAGACAGAGGAGAUUUGGAGAACCAGAUGGACAUUGUGGAGAAGCGAAGAACCACCCUUUUGACAGACUUCCUACAAGUAUGAUGGGCAGUUUGGAAGUAGCCAAGCGGUGUGCUUAUUGUGGCUCCCAGUAACAGAAAUACACUUUCCAUACCAGAGCAUGCACUCAAUGAGGGCAUAUUGCAAGUUAUAGCUGGUGUUAUUUUAUUCCAUUACUGGACUAAUUUGACGAGUGUUUUCUGCAACUUAAAAUGUCUGUAUCUCAUUAGACUUUAGUUUAAAGUUUGGAGCUUUAGUGUGAUUGGAUAUUUGUGUUUAGUCUGGUUGGAAUUUAUAUUUGUUAUAGGUAUAUUACUUGUCAACAGGAUAUGAAUGCCAAAUACAGUCAGGUAAUUAGAAUACCUUUCAUUUUUUAAAUACUGUUACAUUUUUCAAUAUUGUCAUCUAUUCAGCUACUUUGAAAGGUGCCGUUCCAGAAUUGGGGCCUUAUUGUUACAUUGCAGCUCCAGGAUGGUUAGUCAAAUUGGGAGAGUUACGUGUUUCAUCCAGGUUUUAAGGGCAGUUAUUUAUAUAUUGUUAAGUAAGUAGUUAUGUAUCAUACCAUGCAGGUUGUGGAUUUUUAUGCAGCUGUAUCAUAAUUGUAUGUAUAUUGUGUGUAUGUAUAUAUGUAUGAAUAUAUAUGUAUGUAUAGGCUUACCAUAAUUUCUUUGACUUAAACUGGGACAUUUUUAUGAUUUUGAAAAAGCAGUUAAGGGUUAAAAUGUAUCAAUUUCUCCAGUAAGGACUACAGAAUGAAAAUGAACAUAAAAACAUAAAGUAUGGAAUCAUUCUUUGGGGAAUCAUUCUUACUUUUCACUAUAAUGAACCUUUCUUAGGAAUGGUUUGUUAUUUUUAAUUUUCCAAUAAAUCUCGCUGCAACUUAAAUCAGUGUUUAUUUUGCCGUACAUUAGCCCUUUUACUGUAGAUUCAGUCGCAGACACACACAUGACUUUGAAACUGGGACAAUCCCAGUCAAAAUGGGAGUUACGGUAAGCUUAUGUAUGUAUAUAUAUAUAUAUACACACACAUACAUAUGUAUACUUAUAUAUACAUGCUACAGUUCAGAUGCCCCUCCAAACUGCAAAUAUCCCCACCACUCCACAUAUAUAUAUCUACAAAGAGAGGAAUGUAUGAGAUUAUAGUGGUACCAACACUUUUAUGUGGGUGUGAAGCAUGGGUUGUGAAUGUUGCAGCGAGGAAUAGGCUGGAGGCAGUGGACAUGUGUUGAGGGCAAUGUGUGGUGUGAAUAUUAUGCAGACAGCUCAUAGCAUGGAAAUUAGGAGGUGGAAGAGGUGCUGGAUUACUAGAGCAUUAUCCAGAGGGCAGAGAAGAGGUUGAGAUAAUUUGGACAUAUAGAGA